AUGUCGCUCUUGGCAUUCUCCAACGAACUCAUCUGUGAGAUCUUGCGCCAUCUCGACUCACCACUGACAGCGAUCGCUCGAUUUUCGAGACGACUUCACCUCGUCACGGAACCAUUUAUCUACUCGAAAAUCUUUCUAAAUCAUCGCGAUCCGUAUAACCUGUUCAUACGUACAGUUCUGGGCAACAAAGGUGCAAUCAAGCAUGUCAGACACUUUCAUACAUAUGGUAAGUCAACUCCAGGUACAUACUUCUACCUACUCCGCGGGGCCGGAAUAUCGUUGAAACUCGAAAUCCCCAGAGAAUCUUGCUAUCCCAAAGAGACAUGCCGGACUGAAUUCUCCUCAGCUCAUCCAUUCGGCUGGGAUUAUGAUCUCAGCUUCUUGACAGACGCAUAUCGAGUCUUGGUUCGAGGCCAGCUUCCAGAUACGGUCUAUGGGAAAGGUCUCUUCGAUCAAUGGUUUGGAUCCAUGUUCUUCCCACCUAAUGUCAACUGGCUCCAAAUCCACAUCUACUGGGAUGCAAUCACAGCAUUCCUUUUCACGCUGUUCGCGGCGCCUUUGAAGUCGAUCGGGUUGAUGGACUAUGGGUGGAUGGUAAACAAGUAUCCGAUCAUCAACUUAGCCCUCGGCAAUACAGAUGGCCAAAAUCACCGCAUCACCGACCUGACACUCACUCAAGGUUUUCUCAGAGGUCUCUCGCCUGUAAAAUUCCUGCAGAGCUUUCGUGCCCUGAAACGCUUCCAAUAUCAGCACAAGACCAUAACGUUCCCGGUUUCCAAAAUAGGGAGAGGGUUGUUCGAUUCGAGGCAUUCCCUGGAGGAGCUCCACGUGUAUCAAUGGACGCAUCCGCGUUACUCAUUGGACUUCACUGAUGAAGAGGAACCUUCAGCCGACGAAGAUGAGGGUGACAGCGACUCCAAAGCGAACCUCAUCGGAUCAUUACAGAUGCUCACCAAGCAGAAGUCAGUUGUUGUUGUUGUUGUUGUUGUUGUUGUUAUCGUCUCGAACGACUCCUCCUCCUCAGCUGAGACAGAUCCAUCUCAAUGCCGGGGAUCUCUCGUUCUUGUCUUCGUCUUCGUCUUCGUCUUCGUACCAGAUUCCGCGAUGGGAAGAGACGGAAGCGCUGAGGGAUUUGGCGAGGAGGUCUUCUGGGGUGGAGAUCACGUGGAAGGGGGUCGGUCGUCUCGCGCGGCACGGCCCGGCACAACAUAA